AACAAAACAUACAAAAGCAAGAAAAUUUGUCAUUUCACCACCCAACUCAAACUUUCGUUUCCCUUACACCUCGUCUUCUACCUUCUGCCAUUAGUAAGCCAUGUGUGGAGGUGCUAUAAUCUCCGAUUUCAUACCCACCGCUACUACUCGGUCGUGCAAGUUGACCGCGACUACUUAUGGCCCGAUCUGAACAGGAAUAGGAAGUCUAAGAAGAGCUCCAAGAGGUCUGAGGUUGUCGACUUGGACGAUGACUUCGAGGCUGAUUUCCAGGGCUUCAAGGACGACGAAUCCGAUAUUGACGUCGACGAAGAUCUCGACGAUAUUGAUGCUGUCUUCUCUGAUAUUAAGCCCUUUGCCUUCUCUGCAACUCCUCUUCCCCGCAAAACCACAGCCUCUGCUCUCUCCAAUGGAUCAAAGCCUGUGAAAGCUGUGGAAUUCAAUGGGCUGGCAGAGAAAUCUGCAAAAAGAAAGAGGAAGAACCAAUACAGGGGAAUCAGGCAACGCCCUUGGGGCAAAUGGGCUGCUGAAAUCCGUGACCCAAGGAAGGGGGUCAGGGUCUGGUUAGGUACUUUUAACACUGCUGAAGAAGCUGCAAGAGCUUAUGAUGCUGAGGCACGGAGAAUUCGUGGCAAGAAAGCCAAGGUGAACUUCCCAGAUGAAUCUCCACGUGCGUCUCCAAAGCGUGCCGUGAACUCAAUGAAACCAGUUGCCAAGGCAAUCCUGAAUUCAGCACAGCCAAAUCUGAGUCAGAAUGUUAAUUACUUCAACAACCUUGGUCAGGAUUACUACAAUACAAUGGUUUUUGUUGAUGAGAAACCACAAAUGAAUCAGUUUGCAUCAAUGAAUUCAUUUCCUGCAAGUGGAAAUGCUGGAGUUAAACCCUUUGUCCCUAGUGACAACACCCAUAUGUACUUCAGUGUUCUGAUUGUUCCAGGAAUUGCUGUUUUCUUCCUUUAAUGAAGAUGGAGUUGAAACAGUGGAAGUUGCUUAAGCCAUGUGUUGUGUCGUCAGGAGCUUUAAAUAGAAGGCGAGUAUAUAGGUACCAUUAGGUUCUUUUUAUUUUUGGGUUUUGUAGACAUUGAUGAAUUUGAAACUUGGAUUAAUGACUGUAUGGAUGACUUAAAUGUGUGACUUGUGAUGGAAUACUAAAACUAGAUGAUGGAAUGUUUAAUUUUGCUGCUUGUUCCUCCAA